AUGCUAUCCCGUUUCAGACUCGCCUUGAUCGGAGCCAUCCUGUCCGUCGCUCUAACAUUACUCUUCAUCACCUCCCGGUACGAUGUGAAAUCAUACUGGCCCGAAAUCAAGUCUUACAAAUCGGUAUUCGCGUGGGAGCCCUACAUCGAUGAACAACCGACCCUCCAAAGCGGCUCCUUCAUCCACAAAACCCCCGUCUCGGAAGACAAAGUUGUUGUCGUCGCCAAAACACCCAGAGAGAGCGUGUCAUGGUUCUCAAAACACCUGCCCACCUGGCAGACAGCCAUAUAUCACAUGAAUGAGACCGACGUUGAUCCCACGGGCCUUAAAGUCCCCGCCGACAAAGGCCACGAAGCAAUGGCCUACCUCACCUUCAUCAUCGACCAUUAUGACACCCUCCCCAGCACGGUAGCAUUCAUGCACGCCCACCACCAAGGAGCCUGGCACACCGAUACCCCCAACUCCGACAGCGUCUUUCUACUCCGCGACUUGCGGCUCGACUUCGUCCAACAACAAGGCUACGUCAAUCUUCGUUGUCAACAGAAUCCAGGAUGUCCCGCCGAGUGUCAGACAAACCGCGAUGACGGCCGGGAAGAUCACGGUGCAGAGCGCGCCAUGCAUCAAGCGUGGAGGACUAUGUUCGGCGCACAGCUCACAGUGCCGGACAUUCUCGCGGUGCCUUGCUGCGCACAAUUCGCCGUGUCUAGGGAUCAGAUCCGCCAACGCGAAUUGGCCGAAUACGUCCGCUAUCGCGACUGGUUGCUGGCGACCGAGUUGGACGAUUAUACAAGUGGCCGUGUCUUUGAGUAUUUAUGGCAUGUCAUCUUUGGGAAGCAAGCGGUUUACUGUCCGAACGAGAGAAUGUGUUAUUGUAUGCAAUUUGGGAGGUGUUAG